AUGACCGAAGGUACGCCGCGCCCAAUCAGACGUCAGUCGGGCCGAUACGAUCUGGCUGCGAGCGGAUUUGCGUUGAGAAUCGAUCUCGAAAAGUUUAAAGAGUGGAAGUCGAAGCAAGUCGCCAAGCCCGAGAACAAGCCCGAGACGACCCUUCGGAAAGUAUGUCACAUGGGCAGUCACACAGCGCGGAAGAUGAUCGAGGAGUUCGGCAGUGAAAUUUAUUUGGCAGAGGAGAACGACAAGCCGUUCUACCGCCCGGACGCCGAUGAGUUGGAAAGCCUGUGCUCGGACAUUACCGGCCACAUUGCGCAUGGAGAGAACGGAGUGGUGAGGCCGCAGGGACGGACGAUUGUCGUCGGCGACAUCCAUGGAAAUUUGAACGACCUUUGGCGCAUCAUCCAUGCCUGGCUGUCGGAUGUGGUUGGAAAAGGGCCCGGACAAAACAUCGUCUUCCUGGGAGACAUUAUCGAUAGUGGCCCUCGUCAACUCGAAUGUUUGACUCUGAUCAUGUCCUACAAAGUGCUCUUCCCCAAACAGGUGUGGAUCAUCCGUGGCCAUAAAGAGGAGGCAGCGAUCUGCUUGUCCUUCUUCGAGCUGCUGAAGAAGUACGGGUACGGGCAGGACCUGAUCAACAUUAUUACCAAAUACUUCACUCGCCUGCCGGUUGUCGGGCUGAUUGACGGGCGGAUCCUCUGCAUGCAUGGCAUGAUUCCCAUGGAACUGACACCAGAGCUCCUUGAAAGUGGGUGGGAGGUGUGGCAAGACACGCACCAGGUGAUAAACACGGCAAUGACAUGGAACAAUCCCACGAAAGACCUCAAAGGCUACCAGCCCAACAAGAAGCUCCAUCCCGGGCAUCGUGUGGGCACCGAAUUGAUCACACGCCAGAUGCAAUGGCUUGACGUCGAGUUCGUCAUCCGAGGCCACCAGGUGAUGACGAACGGCGUGCGACGGUUCGGUGACCUCCCGUUGGCUACUGUAUUCUCCACAUCAGGCCACGAGCUCGGGUCAAAUCUCGGUGCCAUCCUCUUCGUCGACCCCGAGGAGAAUGCCAUCGUGCCGAUCUUCAUCGUCAACAUCAGACACACAAGCAUCAAGACACAAAAGGACUUCGACAAGAAGCUCGCUGAGGGAUGGAAAGUCAAUGAUUACGCUCGCCCGAUGCCCGUCGAACGGGCGGUGACGGAGCAAAAGGAAGCGAAGGAAGCGAAGGAAGCGAAGGAAGCGAAGGAAGCGAAGGAAGCGAAGGAAGCGAAGGAAGAGGGC